AUGGGUCAUAGUUCAAGAAGGUUUUUACUUUUACGCACAGCUUUUCUUUGUUUGGAUCAAGUGCAAUGUGUUGAAUCAUGUUUGAUUAACAUUAAACAGUAUUUGAGUGUGUUACGUGUAAACUUCAAACACCUGAAGCACGUGCAUUUUGCAAUGCAGAAACUUCACAAUAAUAAAUAA